AUGGCUUCCAGUGACAAGUCCCCGGCUCCCACACCCGCUCGAGGUGCUGUCGAGUCAACACCACCCGGAAAACCCAUGUCGAUGGGGCAGCAGGUGGUCGACAAGGGCGCAUCAAUGUUGCAGUCUUUGACACCGGUGAAACAAAUCAGCCAACAUGUCUGCACUUUCGCCUUGUAUAGCCAUGAUAUGUGUCGUCAAAUCGAGACUCACCACUACGUCAGCAGGCUCAACCAGGACUUUCUCCAGUGUCCCGUUUAUGAAUCCGAUGACUCCAAUGCCCGCCUCAUCGGGAUUGAAUAUAUAAUCUCCGAUCGACUGUUUGAAGCCCUUCCAACAGAAGAGCAAAAACUUUGGCAUUCACAUGCUUAUGAGAUCAAAUCAGGCCUCUGGGUUAAUCCCAGAAUCCCAGAUAUAAUUGGGAAACCAGAACUGGAAAACUUGGCUAAGACCUACGGUAAGUUCUGGUGCACAUGGCAGGUGGAUAGGGGUGAUAAGCUGCCACUUGGUGCACCGGCGUUGAUGAUGUCACCGCAGGGGGUGAACUUGGGGAAGGUAGACCCGGAGCUGGUGAAGAAGAGGGAUGACAAAUACAACAUAUCAAGUGAAGAAAUAAGGGAGUCGAGGGUGGAGAUUGAAGAACCUGAAUGGAUCAAUCCACAGGCUGACUACUGGAAACAGCACGGGAAGGGUUUUGCCAUUGACAUUGAGAAGACCGAGAUGAAGUUGAGAGCUCCAUUCCCUUAGUACACGCCUUAAUUUGGCUAAAAUGUGGCUUAUUAGUGCUUUCUUGU